GACGUGCGGCCCUAUUAGAUGAGUCACUUAACACCUUCAUAAACAGGAAGGCUGUGACUUCUUUCAUCUUUUUAUAUUCCAUUUCUCUGAUUCGUUUGAGAAGUGUAAAUCAUGGCGUCCAGCACUAAACCUGGAGAGAACAUGCUAUGGGGAGGUCGCUUCACUGGCGGCCUCGACCCCCUCAUGGUCGCUUACAACGAGAGUAUCCACUUUGACAAGGCGCUGUACAAGCAAGACAUCCUGGGCAGCAUCGCCUUCGCGCGGGCCAACAACAAAGGCGGGAUCCUGACGGACGACGAGUUCGCCAAGAUCGAGUCCGGGCUGCAGGCCGUGAUGCGGGAGUGGGAGGAGGGCAAGUUCGUGAUUGUUCCCGGCGUGGACGAGGACAUCCACACGGCGAACGAGCGGCGGCUCGGCGAGGUCAUCGGCAAGGAGGUCGCGGGCAAGCUGCACACGGGCCGCAGCCGCAACGAGCAGGUCGCCUGCGACAUGCGCAUGUGGCUGCGCGACGAGCUGCGCACGAUCGAGGCCCACCUCGUCACCUUCCUGCGCGUCGCCGCCGACCGCGCCGAGCACGAGGUCGAGCACGUCAUGCCCGGCUACACGCACCUGCAGCGCGCGCAGCCCAUCCGCUGGAGCCACUGGGUGAUGUCGUACGGGCUCGCCUUCGCCAACGACCUCGAGCGCCUGCGCGAGGUCGUCAAGCGCGUGAACAAGAGCCCGCUCGGGUGCGGCGCGCUGGCCGGGAACCCGUUCCACAUCGACCGCGACAUGAUGGCCGCGGAGCUGGGCUUCGACGGGCUCCUGUGGAACUCGAUGGGCGGGGUCGCGGACCGCGACUUCGUGGCCGAGACGCUGCAGUGGGCGAGCAUGCUGAUGCAGCACGUGUCGCGCUGGGCCGAGGACCUGAUCAUCUACUCGACGGCUGAGUUCGGCUUCGUGCGGCUGGCGGACGCGUACUCGACCGGCAGCUCGCUGAUGCCGCAGAAGAAGAACCCGGACAGCCUGGAGCUGCUCAGAGGUAAGAGUGGACGCGUGUUCGGGCAGAUGGCCGGGUUCAUGACGACGUUGAAGGGUCUGCCGAGCACGUAUAAUAAAGACUUGCAGGAGAGCUGGGAGGCGAUGCUGGAUACGGUCAAGACGGUCAGCGACAGCAUCCAGAUCGCGACAGGCGUUUUGGCAACUCUGGACAUCAAGCCCGAGAAGAUGAAGGCGGCGCUCGACCCCUUCAUGCUGGCCACCGACAUCGCCGAUUAUUUAGUGCGAAAGGGCGUGCCGUUCCGCGAGACGCACCACAUAUCAGGACGCGUGGUGGCGUUGUCGGAACAGACCGAAACGCCGAUGAACGAGUUGACCUACGAGCAACUCAAAUCGGUAGAUGCCCGCUUCGAGCAGGACAUUGCCGAGUAUUUCGACUACGAACGCAGCGUCGAGAUGCGAUCCGCCAAGGGUGGUACCAGUAAGGAGAGCGUUCUAGAGCAGAUAAAGGUUCUGAGAGGCACGCUGGGCGCCUAAUCCUGCGAACUCAUCUGCUAGUUGAUGAACUACAUUCUAGCAAAGGAAUGUAAAACGGUAGAAAGCCCCAUUUUCCACGGGGAUCGUCAUAACCGAGGGUUACCAGGUAUAGACAAAAAUGACCAAUUAUAUUGAUGAGUUCCCUAAGUAACACGAACCCGCGAAUAAUACUGAAAUCGAUCCAAAG